CUCAGUUCUCUCUCUUGUUUUAUCCGUGCCUUUUUUAUGAUCGUCAAAUAGUCUUGUCAUUUCUCUCAUUCGUGUUCACGAGAAUGAAAGAAAUGGGUGGAUCAAAGGGUCAGACUAUGUGUCUCAUUGCAGGAAGAGCUUCAGUUUUUCAAGAUGGGUUGAAAAUGGGAGGAGAGAAGAAUGUGAAGGAGAGGGAUCAAAAUCAAAGAAGGCCAUUAAUUAGCGUGAACGUGAAUCCCAACAUAAUGGGAGCUACCCUUUACUCUAAUGUGGUCAACAAAGGGAAAGAUGUAACUUGUGAUAAGAACUCAGUUUUAGCACAUAGGCCUAGUACAAGAUUGGCUGAACAAGUGGUUAGCUACAAGCAACUCCAACAUUUCCCUGAAGAGACUAAGAAGCCAAUUACAUUGGCAAAAGAUUGUACAAUCAUAGAUGCAGAGGACUGUGAUGAGGUUGAUGAUGACAACAAUGUUGGGGUACCAAUGUGUGUGAGGCACACAGAGGCAUUUCUUGACGAGAUUGAUAGAAUGGAUGUUGAUGAAAUGGAGGAUUUUGAGGACCUAAUUAUAGACAUUGAUGGCAGAGAUUCACAAAAUCCACUUGCAGUUGCUGAAUAUGUAGAUGACAUCUAUGCUUAUUACAGGAAAAGUGAGAUUUCUAGUUGCGUUUCUCCUGAUUACAUGGACAAUCAAACUGACAUUAAUGAGAAAAUGAGGGCUAUACUCAUUGAUUGGCUCAUAGAGGUUCACUACAAAUUUGAACUCAUGGAUGAGACAUUGUUCCUUACAAUUAAUAUCAUAGACAGAUUUUUAGAGAAGCAAUCAGUGGUCAGAAAGAAGCUUCAAUUAGUUGGCAUCACAGCUAUGCUAUUAGCAUGCAAGUAUGAGGAGGUUUCUGUCCCCAUUGUGGAGGAUUUUGUCCUGAUAUCAGAUAAGGCUUACACAAGAAAAGAAGUUCUUGAUAUGGAGAAACUAAUGAUGAACACUUUACAAUUUGACAUGUCUGUGCCAACCCCUUAUGUGUUUAUGAGGAGAUUUCUCAAAGCAGCUCAAUCUGACAAAAAGCUUGAGAUUCUUUCCUUCUUCAACAUUGAGCUAUGCCUGGUGGAGUUUGAAAUGCUCAAGUUCCCGCCAUCUUUGCUCGCUGCUGCAGCAAUUUACACAGCCCAGUGCAGCCUUUACCAGUUCAAGGAAUGGACUAAAACAACCCGGUGGCAUACCAACUACUCAGAAGAUCAGCUCUUGGAAUGCUCAAAACUGAUGGUUACUUUACACCAGAAGGCCGGGAAGGGGAAGCUAACUGGAGUAUAUAGGAAGUAUUGCACAAGCAAGUUUGGCUAUGCAGCAAAGACUGAACCUGCCCAGUUUCUCUUAGAUAAUUGACUGUAAAAACCACAACUUUGAUGAUUAUGUCUCAGCGUGUUGUGUGUGGAGAUGAGCAACAGAAGUUGCCUGUGAUUACCUUUUGUUGCUUGUGCUUAUUGUUCGUUUUUGUCAACUCUGAAACUCUCAGUGUGUUGUGUGUGGAGAUUAGCAACAGAAGUUGCCUGUGAUUACCUUUUGUUGCUUGUGCUCAUUGUUCGUUUUUGUCAACUCUAAAACUCUCAGUGUGUUGUGUGUGGAGAUAAGCAACAGAAGCUGCCUGUUGCUUGUGUUUAUCAUUCGUUUUG